UGUACUGGACAGAUAUAAACAGUUACAACCCCAAAAUAGAAAGGUCUUGGAUGACUGGUGAGAGAAGACAAGUUUUAGUUAACAAAGAACUGGCACGACCAAGUGGAAUUGCCAUCGAUUACUUCAUGAACAAUCGUGUGUUCUGGUCUGAUUCCAAAUUCAACAGAAUCCUAUCAAUGAAACCGGAUGGCACCGACCAAGUGGUUGUUAUUGGAAAUGCAAUAAACCCAGUGAGUAUUGACCUGUAUGAAAGUGAAAUAUACUGGGUGUCCCAAAAUGAAGGCAAACUGAUGCAAAUGGAUAAAUUUGGACGAGGUAUAAAUAUUACUCUAAGAGACCAACUGUUUUCUCCAAGCAGUGUGAUUGCAUUCCAACCAUACAAGUAUCCAAAAACUACAAGUAAAUGUGCUUCAGAAAAAACAUGUAGCCAUCUCUGCCUCCUGAUUCCAAAUGGUUAUCGGUGUGCUUGUCCUGAUGGUUCCAAGUUGAUUGAAGGGUCCACUACAUUAUGUGAUGCAG